AUGCCGCGCACACAAGAAGAAUACGAAGAGAUAAGUGAAAAAAUUUCUUAUAUUGUACAUCAAGAUGAACGAACCGAGGAUGGAUAUUUUCAUUCGCAAGUAUAUUGCCAAAUCCGUGAACCUAAUCGACUAUCAUUUAAACAAUUACAUCGAGUAUUCGGCGAUGAUACAUUUCAUUUCGAUAUUGUUUAUGGAAAUUUUAAUGAAUGCUGUAAUUAUUGUAAGAAAAUAUAUAACAGAUGUAAAUUACAUAAUAAUCCGAACCAUGGUAAACCAUGUAAAUGUGAUUAUUUCGAUUUGUCUAAGUAUUGUAGUCUAUGUUCACCAGAAUGUGAACAAUAUCGAACCCUUGUACGUUGGGAUACAACAGAUUUAAGUGAUACAUAUCCAUUCGAAUUUGGAGUUCCACGAAAACAUCGACGAGUAAUGGAUGAAACGCCAAAGAAACAAUAUGAUUAUCAAAUUUCUAAAUCAUAUUACGAGGAUAUUGAAAAGAUAAAAUACAUUAGGGAGAAUCAAAUUCCUUUUGAGGAUGUUUGUAAGAAACCUGAAUUAAUACCCGAUCGUUGGUAUAAUACUACUACUGGGUGUAAGGAAAUAACUAAAUGUCGACAAAAGAUUGCAGAAAUUGAAUCAAAACAGCACUAUGUUUCUAAAUUCUCAUCUGAGGAUUUUGAUAUUACAAAUAAGAUAAAACAGUGGGUUAAAUAUAAUAUUAAUUCAAAGAAAGAUCGAUAUCAAUCAUUGUUAUUAAUUGGUGAAACAAAAACUGGAAAAACUUCAUGGGCUAAAAGUCUUGGUCGACACAUUCAUUGGUCGGGAAUAGUUUAA